AUGGGCGUCCCCGGCCUCUUCUCCUGGGUGCGGCGCCAGUUCCCGGAGGCAAUCAUCCCGGAGGAGGUCUGGUCGAAGUCGUCGCCCGCGCCGGUCUCCUCUCUCUUCGUCGACCUCAACCACAUCCUCCACGCCUGCACGCACCCAGAGUAUCCCUACGAGGAGCCGAGCAGCCGCGAGGCGAUGCUCGAGGCGAUCCUGCUCUACAUCGAGGCGCUCCUCGCCCUCGUUCAGCCCACCGACCUCCUCUUCAUCGCUGUCGACGGCCCGCCGCCACGCGCAAAGAUGAACCAGCAGCGGUCGCGACGCUUCCUCGCAGCGAUGGAGGCGGCCGACCGGAAGCGGAUGCAGGAGCAGGCGCGCACCGCACUUGCGAGCCUCCUCGUCCCGCCGGCCGAGCCCAAGGCGCGCACCGCCACCGCCGUGCGGGCGGAGCUGAGCCGGGGCGCGGCGGCAGCGAGCGUGUGGUCGUGCCCCGCUUGCACGCUCGUCAACCCGGCCGCACGCGCGAGCUGCGACGCGUGCGGCGGCGCGCGGCCUGCGCCUGCAGGUCAGUGA